CGUUAUUUCAUUUUCAUACCAUGAUCAUUUCUAUUCCACAAGAUAAGCAUUCACACUUUCGUUACUUUUAUAUUCAUAAUAUAAUUUCUUUUAAACAUUCUGAUCCAUAAUAACAGUAGUCUAAAGUCUGUCCGAUAAAACUUAUUGUUUAGUAUUUGGUAUUUGAUAUUUUAACUCCAUUCAUUAUUAUCAUCCAAAUGUUUAAACUAUAGCAACUGUCUAAACUGAGCAAAAGUAGAUGUCACUCCAAAACACCCAAAUCUUCAAGUGUCCUUUAAAGCUCAACCUAAACUUCACUAAUGCAUAUGUAUAUCCACUAUAUAUCCAACUCCUAUAGGAAUUAAGGAACCUAAAGAUACUUCCUUACCAACUUAGUGCUUUCAUUUGCCUUCAACUUACUCAAUUCUAAAACCCUUUCUUUUGAAAAGGGUAGUUGUUUUUGACCUCCAAAGUAGAACAAUGGAGAUACCUGUUUCUCAAGUUCGGAAUUCUUCAAAGCCUAAGUCAGUAACAGAACUUCUUAAAGAAAUUGCAAUGUUGGAGAUGGAAGUUUUACAUUUGGAGAAGUAUCUUGUGACCUUGUACCAGAAAGCAAUUGAUAGAAGGAUAGCAUCAGUAUUUAAAGACAGCAGCAAAGACAUAACAUCAGAUCAGGAAAUACCACCAAAUGAGGUCAUAAAUAAGAGUUGUUUAGAAGAACAAAAUAAUGAAGCUAAAGAGCAAGAAGACGUUCUUGGUUGUAGCAUUCACAGAAGUCACUCUUCAUUAUCACAUCAUUCAGCUUAUCCAACUCAAUUAUCUCCUUUAGCAGCAAAGGUUACUGAUGCGGUUAACUCUUACCAUUCCUUGCCUUUGACUCUGCUACAGCAUGAAGCUUGUGAAGCUGCAAAUAAUAUAGCAAGUGAAGUAAAAGAGACAGGAAACUGGCUAUCAGAGGAGAUGAUCAAGUGCAUCACAUCAAUCUACUAUGAACUAGCACCAAAUUCUGUGAUCACCAACAAUUUUCCAUCACCUAGAGAUUCAUUUCCAUCAUACAUCAGUGGAUCCCCUCACACUGAAUCCAAUCUAUGGAGUUCACAAUCUAAGAUAAUAAACUCUUUACAAGAUUUACAUUCAGAUUUUAGUGGACCCUACUGUCAAAUGGUUGAAGUGCUUCAGAUUCAUAGGGACAAGACUAAACUUGGAGACAUUGAUCCCAUUAUUGAAAAAUUUAGGUCACUUGUUAGUAAGUUGGAUGACAUAAAUCCUAGCAAAUUGAACCAUAAAGAGAAGUUGGCAUUCUGGAUUAAUGUGCACAAUGCCCUUGUUAUGCAUGCGUUCCUGGUGUAUGGAGUGCCACAAAACAAGCUUAAAAGACUAUCCCUGCAAUUGAAGGCAGCAUAUAGUAUUGGGGGCCAUACAAUCAGUGUAAGCAUGAUCCAGGAGUACAUUCUUGGGAGCCAAUUGCCUCAUCCAGGACAGUGGUUUCGUCGCUUACUCCAUCUCAAGAAAAAGUUCAGGACAGGUGACAAAAGACGCUUGCUUACAAUCGAUCACUCUGAACCUCUAUCUUACUUUGCGCUUUGUUGUGGAAACCACUCUGAUCCUCCGGUUCAGGUAUACACUCCUGAGACAGUGUUCCAGGACCUGAUAGCUGCAAGGAAUCAAUACAUCUUAAGCAACUAUCAAGUUAAUAAAGAACAUAACAAGAUUAUACUGCCCAAAUUAGUGGAGAAUUAUGUUAAAGAAUCUGGAUUACAUCCACUAGAUUUCAUGAAGAUUCUUGAACAAAUUCUCCCUGCAGAUCUUCAAAGAAACAGGACUUCUGCUUAUAAUUUUCGACAUAGAAAAAGUUGGAAAAACAUUGAAUGGAUUCCCCACGACUUCUCGUUUCGAUAUCAGUUUCCUAAGGACCUUAUAAGUUGAGAGAUGUAUGUACAAAUUAUACGCGAAAUUGGUACUGAUCAAACAGGCUCAAGCUAAGGUCUUGUAUGUCGUCUAAUGUUUUUCGCGAGUAUGUCAAGCCACUUAGACACGAGGUUGUUAGAGUAUAUAACAUAUCAUUGGGCUUUAACCAUCAAUUUAAACUUUUAGUUAAGUUGAUUCCUUAAUAUGGUAUCAGAGCCAGUAGAAUCUCUUUUGACAAAUCUUUCGUGAUUUCCAAAUCUUCUAAUAGAACUAACUCUAAACCGUAUCAAAAGAUUAAAUUGAUGAUUGAGGCUUCGAAAUACGUUAUAUAAUCUAACCUCAUUAUCAAUAUUGGACUUGAGCUUAUUUGAUCACUAUUAUUUGCUAGAAUUUUGAGAACUUGUGGUUCAAGUUUAUUCUCUAUAUAUGAGAAGAUAAGCUUAUAGAGCAUGAAAUUUGGCUUUGCUUGGUUGCAUUUUUGGCCUGUGUGUGAUAUGGGCGGUCUACUUUUCAGUAGUGAAGUACUAAUCAAGAAAGAUUAGUUUUGUCAACUACUUGCAAAAUUAAUGGUGUUACUUGAUUUUUGACAACAUAAUAUUGAAAUGGAAACGUGAAAAGCGAAUUUCUUUAGCGCUUGCACG